AUGUGUGGGUCCGGGUGGUCGACCGCGGCUAUGGGUGCGCGGGCGCAGCUUUUACGCGGCACAUACGAUGCGCUCAGGGGUGCUCGGUUCAUCCGCGCCGGCAAGGGUCGUCUGCUACUGCACCGAGGGUACACUUUUCGCCUGAAAAACAACUUGGCUCACGGUCGCAAGCAGUGGUACUGUUCGUCUCGGUUGACUUCCCGCUGCCUCGCUGAUGUCAACACUGAGGGUCCCGAGGGCCACGAACGCAUUGUCCGUUCUCGUUAUGCGCACAAUCAUGCGCCGCCGAACGUCCGUCGAUUCGCGGAUGGUAGAUACGUGGUGCGCACGCCACAUCAGAGUGGUCACCGAGCUCCUGCGCCGUUGGAUCCACACCAUCAGUUAUUGCAGCUUCAGCACGCGCUCGCAUUGUAUGCCGCCACUGCACAUGCGACCGCUACCGCCAACGCGAGCGCUGCCGUCACAAACACCGGAGCUGCCGCGCAGCCGUCGCCCAACUCACUACCGCCACCCGUUACACAUGCGCCGGCGUCCAAACCACUCCUCGUAGACACUCCUUGUAAAGAGGAGGACUAA